AUCAUGUUGAAUAGGGAACGAUUGAAUAUCGCCUAAUAAUGGAGCUAAGAGUCAAACUAGACAACCUUACUCAACUUUUGGAGAACUAUUACUCCAAUCAAAUGGGAAGGAAUUAUGUCCAAAUUUCUACCAUAAAAAAAUUAUUUACGUCGAUUGAAAUUCAUCUUUUGACUUUGAGAUUAGGGAGUAGGCUUGUGCCAAAUUUUGCUCUCUUUACUAUAUUGGACUUGUCCGGGCUGAUGCCAGAUUGUGUCUAUUCCGUGCCAGCUGGGCAUGUUCAAAUCCAAUACACGUGCUGACGUGAAAACGUGAUAUACUACGUAGUGUGUUCAUUCUUUUCAAGCUUGACUGCUUGAGAAAUAUACGAGGGAAAAAUAAAACUAACAAUUUCCAGUACGACGGCUUCGACCUCAACCACUCCUCUUCACAAUGUACAUCUUUCAACUUUAUAACCUGUAACAAACUUCAUUUUCUCACAAAUUUCCCCCAAAAAAAUCAAUUCAAUGUUCGAAUCAUCCAUAAAAAUGGAGAGAGCUUUGAUUCAACCUCUACUCGCAGCAUUAAUGGCGGCAAUUAUCGCUAUUCGAUCUUACAGGAAGAAGUCUCUCGAUCUUUCUGGAGCUUUCUUCGGAUUUCUUGUCGUCUUCAUUCAUCUCGCUACUAAUAUCAGGGCUGGAGUUUUGUUGUUAGUGUUUUUCUUUACUUCAUCUAAGUUGACCAAAGUAGGAGCCGAUAAGAAAAGUAAAUCUGAAGCUGAUUACAAGGAAGGCGGUCAAAGGAACUGGAUACAGGUGCUUUUUAACAGUGCCAUUUCUACUGCUUUGGUUGUGACGAUCUGGAAGUUGGUAGCACUGGAAGAUAAGUGUUUGGAUACUAGAGAAUCUACUCUUAUCACAGCACUAUUGGGUGGCAUAAUUGGUCACUACUGUUGUUGCAAUGGAGAUACUUGGUCUUCAGAAAUCGGUGUACUUAGUAAUGCACAGCCUCGACUAAUCACAACCUUAAAGGUAGUUCGCAAGGGUACAAAUGGUGGUGUCACAAGAACAGGGCUCCUGGCAGCUGCAGCUGGAGGCGCUGUGAUUGGACUUUCUUUCACUGUGUUCGGAUAUUUUACUAUUAACUGUCCUUCUGAUGUGGCUUUGAAACAACUUCUGGUUAUACCCCUUGCAACACUUGCUGGACUGUUUGGCAGUUUGUUAGAUUCUUUAUUGGGUGCUACACUGCAAUUCAGCGGGUUUUGUACUGUUCGUAAUAAGGUUGUUGGAAAACCUGGACCAACUGUCAAGCGCAUAUCAGGCGUUGAUAUUCUAGACAACAAUGCUGUCAAUCUUGUCUCAGUACUGCUCACCACCCUGCUGACUUCUGUUGCCUGUGUGUACAUAUUCUGAGACCGUAAAAAAUUCAGCUAUACUAUCUUCAAAUUUUGAUAGCCUAUUCUCUGCUAUAAGAUGCUGAGUUGAUCUAUACACCUCAACAUGAAUUCAAUAACUAGCUUGAUGAUGAAAUCACGAGGGCUUCAUAGUUUUUAUAGACCAGACAUUGUAGUUCUUAGUCUUCCCAUUUUAAACUUUUUGAAAUAAGUUCACAUGUACAUUUUCUGUUCUUACUUUCUGGAAGAUUGAAACGAUUGAAGUUGUCUGUAAGAAAUAUCUCGUAUGUUGGAAAAUUUGUUGAAUACUGAUGUUAGAAAUGGCAAAGAAUUUAAUAU